AUGGCAACGUCUGGAGGGAAACGCCGGGAUGAGGGCAGUGAUAACUCUGACGACGAGCUUACACCGCUCGCAAAUGAGAUCUACGGAGGGAGCCAGAGAACAGUACAAGAAACGAAAGGAUGGGACGUGUUCCGAGAGUUCCCGCCAAAACAGGACAGUGUGUCCAUGGAGACGCAGAAAUGGCUGGAGUGCACAGUUCGCUUCAUGAAGGUGUUCGCAUACCUCAUCACCUUUAUAGUAGUGUUGGGCUCCGGCGUCAUUGCCAAAGGCACUGUCCUUUUUAUGACUUCGCAGCUCCGUAAGGACAGGAGGCUAGCUUAUUGUAAUAGGAAUUUAGGUAGAGAUAAACAAUUUCUAGUGAGUUUACCAGACGAAGAGCGUGUAGCCUGGAUGUGGGCGAUAUUAGCAUCGUUUGCAAUUCCAGAAUUGGGCACACUCAUCCGUUCAGUUAGAAUAUGUUUCUUUAAGUCUUCGAAGAGGCCAUCGUUUAUACAAUUUGUUGUGGUUUUCAUAGCGGAAUCUCUGCAUACAAUAGGAAUGGCCCUCUUAUUUAUAUUUAUUUUACCUGAACUAGACGUCGUUAAAGGAGCUAUGAUUACCAACUGCCUUUGCCUCGUACCUGCUAUACUUGGUCUGCUGUCGCGAAAUUCAAGGGAUAACAAAAGAUUCGUGAAAGUCAUUGUAGAUAUGGCGGCAAUAGUAGCGCAAGUUACAGGAUGUAUUGUGUGGCCACUCUCAGAAGAUAAACCAGUAUUAUGGCUGAUUCCAAUCGCAACUUUAUGUAUAUCGUUGGGAUGGUGGGAGAACUACGUAACACGGCAGAGUCCUAUAGGUUUCAUCAAAAGUCUAGGACGCCUUAAAGAUGAGUUAAAUUCUUCUAGAUACUAUACGUACAGAUUUAUGUCAGUUUGGAAAAUACUCCUUUUUAUGAUGUGCAUACUCUUCAGCAUUUGGAUGGAAGGUGACGAACCUUCGAUGUUUUUCCAGAUGUUUAACACAGGGUUUGGUCCACAUAAUAUUGUCGUCGAAGAAGUACAAAUUAGUCUGGGCGGAACAGUCAUACCGGAUUUAGCAAAUGCGACACUCACAGGAGAUUCUGUGGAAGUUGCUGCUGUAUACAAAUCAGCAUAUUACGUUAUGUUAAUACAAGUAUUUGCAGCAUAUUUUUGCUACAUCUUCGGAAAGUUCGCUUGCAAGAUUCUCAUUCAAGGCUUCAGCUACGCUUUUCCUAUAAAUUUAGUCAUUCCAUUGGUGGUUAAUUUUUUAAUUGCCGCUUGUGGUUUGCGGAAAGGAGAUACUUGUUUUUUCCAUGGAACAGUUCCAGAUUAUCUAUUCUUUGAAAGCCCACAAGUUUUUAGUUUAAGCGAUUUUAUAACUCGACAAAUGGCAUGGGUUUGGUUAUUAUGGCUAUUGUCCCAAACUUGGAUCACUAUACACAUCUGGACACCAAAAGCAGAACGUUUAGCAUCCACCGAGAAACUGUUCGUAAUACCAAUGUAUAACGGAUUACUCAUAGAUCAAAGUAUGGCAUUGAAUCGUAAGAGAGAUGACCAAAAGGAUGUAAAAACUGAGGACCUCGCAGAAAUAGAAAAGGAAAAGGGUGAUGAAUAUUACGAGACUAUUUCAGUUCAUACAGAUAAUACGGGCGCUUCUCCAAAGACAGUCAAAUCAUCGGAUCAAAUUACUAGAAUAUAUGCUUGCGCUACUAUGUGGCACGAAACUAAAGAUGAGAUGAUGGAGUUCUUGAAAUCUAUUCUGAGACUGGAUGAAGAUCAGUGCGCUCGCCGGGUCGCUCAAAAAUAUUUGCGUGUUGUCGAUCCAGAUUACUACGAAUUCGAAACACAUAUUUUCUUGGACGACGCUUUCGAAAUAUCAGAUCACAGUGACGACGAUUCUCAAGUGAAUCGAUUCGUAAAACUUCUAGUCGAUACUAUAGACGAAGCAGCCUCCGAAGUUCAUCAGACGAACAUACGUAUCCGACCACCGAAGAAAUACCCGGCACCAUACGGAGGAAGAUUGACAUGGGUUUUGCCAGGAAAAACCAAGAUGAUUUGUCAUUUGAAAGACAAGGCAAAGAUUCGUCACAGGAAACGGUGGUCCCAGGUCAUGUACAUGUACUACUUACUCGGUCAUCGUCUAAUGGAGCUUCCUAUAUCGGUAGACCGAAAAGAAGUGAUGGCUGAAAAUACCUAUUUGUUGACCCUUGAUGGAGAUAUUGACUUCCAACCACAUGCUGUCCGUUUGCUCAUUGAUUUGAUGAAAAAGAACAAGAAUCUUGGUGCUGCUUGUGGUCGUAUUCAUCCUGUUGGAUCAGGUCCUAUGGUGUGGUAUCAAUUGUUCGAAUACGCUAUUGGCCAUUGGCUUCAAAAAGCAACUGAACACAUGAUCGGCUGUGUACUCUGUAGCCCAGGAUGCUUCUCAUUGUUUAGAGGAAAAGCUCUUAUGGACGAUAACGUAAUGAAAAAAUAUACACUCCGUUCUGAUGAAGCAAGGCAUUAUGUACAGUACGAUCAAGGUGAAGAUCGUUGGUUGUGUACUCUUUUGUUACAACGAGGCUACCGUGUAGAAUAUUCAGCUGCAUCUGAUGCCUACACUCAUUGUCCUGAGGGUUUCAGUGAAUUCUAUAACCAACGUCGUCGGUGGGUGCCCUCCACUAUCGCUAAUAUUAUGGACUUGCUAAUGGACUACAAACACACGAUUAAAAUCAACGAUAAUAUUUCCACGCCGUAUAUUGCAUACCAAAUGAUGUUGAUGGGUGGUACGAUUUUGGGACCAGGAACUAUAUUUCUUAUGUUGGUGGGUGCUUUCGUGGCCGCAUUUAGAAUCGACAAUUGGACUUCGUUCGAGUAUAAUCUGUACCCUAUCAUGACUUUUAUGUUCGUAUGUUUCACGAUGAAAUCUGAAAUUCAGUUAUUGGUGGCACAGAUACUUUCAACAGCAUAUGCGAUGAUAAUGAUGGCUGUUAUCGUCGGUACUGCUCUUCAAUUAGGCGAGGACGGUAUAGGUUCUCCCUCGGCCAUUUUCUUAAUAGCUCUUUCAAGUUCAUUCUUUAUAGCAGCUUGUUUGCAUCCUCAAGAGUUUUGGUGUAUUGUGCCUGGUAUAAUAUAUUUAUUAUCUAUUCCAUCUAUGUACCUGCUUUUAAUUCUGUAUUCCGUUAUAAAUUUAAACGUUGUAUCUUGGGGUACGCGUGAGGUACAGACGAAGAAGAGUAAAAAGGAAAUAGAACAAGAAAAGAAAGACGCUGAGGAAGCUAAAAAGAAAGCAAAGCAGAAAUCAUUGUUAGGUUUCUUAUCGGGUGUAAACAGUAACGAGGAAGAAGGUUCAAUCGAAUUCUCAUUUGCUGGACUUUUCAAAUGUCUAUUGUGUACACAUCCCAAAGGCAACGAAGAAAAAGUACAACUAUUACACAUUGCAUCAACACUAGAGAAAUUAGAAAAGAAACUAGAUGUCGUUGAAAGGUCAGUAGAUCCUCAUGGUUUGAAUAGAGGUCGAAAACUGUCGGUAGGCCAUCGCGGCAGCACUAAUGGUGACCACCAACUAAACCCCUUAGCAGAAGGACCGGAAGAUGACGAUGAUUCAGAUUCAGAAACCGAUACACUCUCUACAUCACCAAGGGAAAGAAGGGAUGACCUUAUUAAUCCAUACUGGAUCGAAGAUCCUGAUCUCAAAAAAGGAGAAGUUGAUUUUUUGAGUCCGGCCGAAUUACAGUUUUGGAAGGAUCUCCUCGAUAAGUAUUUAUAUCCUAUUGACGCCAAUAAGGAAGAAGAGGCUCGAAUUGCCGGCGAUUUGAUAGAGCUUCGCAAUAAGUCAGUAUUUGCCUUUGUCAUGUUCAAUGCUUUGUUCAUAUUGAUAGUAUUUUUAUUACAACUCAACAAAGAUCAACUCCACGUGGAUUGGCCUUUGGGAAUAAAGACAAACCUUACAUACAUCGAGGAAACAGGCGAGUUAAUGAUUUCUAAGGAAUAUUUACAACUGGAGCCAAUUGGUUUAGUUUUUGUAUUCUUCUUUGCGUUGAUUUUGGUGAUCCAGUUUACGGCUAUGUUGUUCCAUAGAUUUGGAACCCUAUCGCAUAUAUUGGCAUCCACAGAAUUGAAUUGGUUCUGUACAAAGAAGUCCGAAAACUUAUCUCAGGAUGCUCUUCUAGACAAGAAUGCGAUAGCAAUAGUAAAAGAUUUGCAAAAAUUAAACGGUUUGGAUGAUGAUUACGACAAUGAUUCUGGAUCGGGACCGCAUAAUGUUGGAAGACGAAAAACUAUUCAUAAUUUAGAGAAAGCGAGACAGAAAAAACGCAACAUUGGCACACUGGAUGUUGCUUUCAAAAAGAGAUUCUUUAACAUGAAUGCGAAUGAAGGACCAGGAACGCCAGUUCUUAAUAGAAAAAUGACUUUACGAAGAGAAACACUAAAAGCUUUAGAAACGAGACGAAACUCCGUAAUGGCAGAGAGACGGAAAUCUCAAAUGCAGACACUUGGUGCCAACAACGAAUACGGCGUAACGGGAAUGCUCAACAAUAAUUUAGGUGUGCCGCGGCACAGAACGUCAACGGCCAAUAUUUCUGUUAAGGAUGUAUUUGCCGAGCCCAACGGGGGUCAAGUGAAUCGUGGAUAUGAAACGUCAUUGGGCGAUGAAGACGAUACCAACUCCAUGAGACUUCAACCGAGGCAAAACCAAGUCUCCUUCCAGAGAUAUCAAUAA